UCGGACAGAUCACUUCAGACAUCAUCUGUAGCAUCAGCAUCAUCAGGUCUGCAGCAAAGUCACUAUGAAGAGCAUCACGGCGGGACUGCUGCUCGUGCUGCUGGCUGUUUACUGCUGCGACGCCUCACCUCAUGCAGUGAAAUCAGGACCUGACCAAUGCUGCUUCAGAUUCUUUGACAAAAGGAUCCCGAAGGCACAAAUCUUCUCCAUCGAGAAAACUCACAUCAAAUGCUCCACACCUGCAUUUGUGGUCAAGACACCCAAAGGGGAUUUCUGUGUGAGACAGACUGAGCAGUGGGCAAUGGGAGAAUUUGUCAAACGCCACAAUUAACACAUCAGCAAUCUGCUGUGACCCUGACGAACGCCACAAGCUGAAUGCAUCAGUCGCUCCAUAACUUUGCUUUAUAAACUUGAAGCGAUGCACGUUAGACGUGUUCUCAGACUUUUGGAUCAGCUGCAUUUAUAACAUGUAUCAAAUCAUUUUAUCAGUUGCUUUUACUAUGCCGUGUAGCUACAGUGUAUCCAAAGCAUUUAUAUAUCACUCUGUAUGGCUUCGCUUCAUUCUUCAUUAAAGUUUUAUUUCACAAAA